AUGACGUGCAGCUGGAUGCCAUCCUUGGAUCCUAGGAUGCUGCCUCUGGUGACGACGACGCCCCAUGAUCAGCCGUCCUCGCCACCCUGGAGUUACGGCGCGACCUCUACCUCACCUACCUUCUCUUGCUUUCUUCCCCAUAGCGGUGCUCUUAUUUGGAAGCUAGCUGCUGGAGAAUCGGGAGGAGGAGCACCGGCGGCGACCAUUCAUGGAGUUCCUGAUGCAGCCUAUGCAUGGGAGGUGGGAGAAAGCUUGGUACCGCCGCUAGUGGCGGCGGUGGCGCCUGUGCUGCUGGAGGCGGAUGUGGUACAUGCGACAUUGCAGCAGCUAGUGGUGGAGAAGGGCGUUCUGGGGUAUGUGCGCUCGGCCGUCAGUGGUGAUGCCCAGAUUGUGUCAGCCAAGCCAUCGGCGGCAGUCAGGAUGGAUAGCUCGCCACCGUCGUCGGAGCGGUCUACUGGGAAGAUGAAUCCUCGGGUGCCUGGAUGGAAUAAGAGGUUGAGGAUUGGAGCUGCUGUACCAACAGGCCGCCUUGUCCAAACCGGAUCGGUGCAUUCGAGAAGGCUGUGCGGAGUUUUGCUGAGAACCCGACUGACAAUGUUAUCACACCAGUUAUCGGCACCAACAUUCGACUCGAUGGGUGAGGCGUAUGACUUCUACAAUUUGUACUCGUGGGAGAAGGGAUUUGGCAUUCGUUACAGGAAGAGCAGGCUAAAUGUGGAGAGGACCAAAAGCAUGCAGGAAAUAGUUUGUGGUUGCUCGGGCAAAGCUGGUGUGGGGAACACCAGGUCUUGUCAUUGCGAGUGCCCCGCUCUAAUAAGGUUGCUACGAGUGGAGGAAAACGGAUGGUACAUUGCAGAGCAUAGAGAUAGUCACAACCACUCGUUGUUGCCUAAUUUUGGUGAGACAAUCCAUUGGCCCUCACACAAGCACAUAGAUGUGUACACCAGGAAUCUAGUGAAACAGUUAAGGCAGAACAAUGUGAACUUAGCAAAGGUGUACAACAUCAUUGGAGGCUUCAUUGGAUCAAUGGAAAAUGUUUCGUUCACUAAGAGGUCGUUGUGUAACCUGUGUGGGAAGAUAAUCAGGGACCAUGCAGAAGAUAAUGUGAAGAAGACAAUGGAUGUUUUUGCAGAGAUAGGGGCUAAAGAUCCACACUUCACAUAUAGGGUUGAGUCUGACAAUGAGGGCAGGAUUAAGAAUCUGAUGUGGGCAAAUGGGAGCAGCAGGCUUCAGUACUCAUUUUUUGGAGAUGUCAUAACAUUUGACACGACUUAUCGGACUAAUCUGUACGACAUGCCUUUUGGCCUGUUUGUAGGGGUAAAUAAUCAUUUUCGGAGUGUGAUCCUGGCAGGUGUGCUCGUGCGUGAUGAAACUGAAGAUAGUUUUGAGUGGGUUUUCUCAGGAUUCCUUCGAAUGAUGGGCGGGUCUCCACCGGUGACCAUACUAACAAACCAGAACCGGGCUAUGGAGCUGGCUAUCAAGAAAGUUAUGCCGGAUGCAACACACCGGUGGUGCAAGUGCAUGUGCUGAAGAAAGCAAAAGAGUCAUUGGGUAGUCUGUACACGAAGAAAAGUGAUUUCAGAUCUGAAUUUCAUAAGGUCAUAAAUCACAUCUUGACAGAAGAUGAAUUCGAGCAAGCUUGGGAGAUGUUGCUGGACAAAUACAAGCUUAGGGCACAUUCGUACAUGACAAACCUGUUUGAAAUCCGUAAGAAAUGAGCGAAGCCUUAAUUUAAGGGAGUUUUUUGUGUAAAAAUGACCAGCACACAAAGGAGUGAGAGUGCGAACCAUAUGCUUAAAGAUUAUGUGCCUCCUGGUUGAACAAUGCACAUGUUUGUUCAGAAAUACAUGAGGCUCUAGUUUGACCAGAAAUCGGAGAACUACGAAGAGAAAUGAACAUGAAUUGUGAGAAUUUCUUGUUGGGAGUGUCGUAUGUAGUUGAAGUCAUUGUGACAAACAUAUGAAUAGAGAAAUAAACAUUUACGAUGCUUGUGUACUAUUUGUGCAGGGGAGGCCGCUCAUGAGGGCAAACCUUGAAGUGGAAAGGCAUGCUAGCAAGAUAUAUACAAGAGCCAUGUUUGAACAGUUUGGGCAUAUAUUAUAUGAAUGUGGCGCUUAUCAAGUUGAAGAGAUUGAGAGACACAAGACAUAUGUCGCAAUCCACAGCGAGGCAGAGAAGAGAAAGAAAUGGUGCAGAGUGGCAUACAAGGUUAGUAUGCUAGAUGGGGGUGAUGAACUCGACUGCGAGUGUGGACAAUUUGCACAUGUGGGCUUGCUUUGCAGCCAUGUGCUGAAGGUUAGUGGACGGGCAUUUCUCCUGUGUUCUUUUACGCAGAGAUCAUGGUGAAUUAGACUGCAAGUAUUCAUGGUGAAUUAGAACCGUUCUCCAGCUCGGGAAACAAAGGUCACCACCUUGGCAGUGCAUACUGGGCAAGGGAUCAGCGGGAGCACCUGGCCGGCCUGGGAGGAAGAAGAUGAGCUUGCCAUUUGCCAUCUUCUCUGAUCUGAUUCUUACAAAGCGAGGAAGAAGAGGAUAAGGCAAUGGGGGAGCAGCCCGUGGAGUCUUGUAGUGGAAGGAGCUAGGUGCGGGUCCGGCUGGACAACGGCCGUUCGGUAUCAAACGUCUGAGCCGUGGACCAAGAUUCGGUAUCAAACGUCUGAGCCGGCCCUGAAGGCGUCACGGCCGUUGCAUUGACAGCGACAGCUGGGUGGGCCACGACGUGGGAAAAAGCAGCGCAUACAUGUCCAUAUACAGACUGAAAUACCUGCAGCGGUGGGAAUCUCAGCAAAAGCUGACGGCUAUGAUAUCGAGUCCAUCUGAGCUCGAGCUCAGAAUAGGACUUUCGAACCCUAUGCCUCUUUUUCCCCCCAUCUCUUUCUCCCACUGCCGUCGCCCCAGCAUCUUCUCCCUUCUCUCUGAUCCUCUCCUUUUCGCUGCCCCCGCACCCCCACCGCUCUGGUUCUCCUUCCUCCACACAACCCCACCUCCACGGAUGCGGCCUUUUUCUACCCCAUCCUCUCCCGUCCUCAAUACCAUGGCCUCGGGCUGCUGCUAUAGAUCCGGCGCGCGCAGAUCUGGGACGAAGUUGAACCCCGACACAGGUCUUGUCAGACCGGAGCUACCGUCGGGUGGCCGGUUACCACAAUUGCUCGGUGGAGGCCGCACCUAGUCGCGACUGGGUGUGUUGUGUGUGCGUGAUGACAUGGCGGCAACAGCAGCAAUCGGUGGCUCCGGCGUGUCUACUAGUGAGAUGGUACCAAGUAGAUAUAUCCGCACAUGUUCGUCAACCGGCUGCAGACGCGACCUUCUAUCAAUAUCUAUUUUAGUUAGUUCUCUACCAAAUCUAAUUCAGUUUAGAUUUUUCCGAUAGUUUGGUGUAUCUCUGUUCUCUAAAUCAAUAUAACCAAGUGUUCAGUAUUCAUUCAGUUUAUUUUCUAUCAAAAUAUAAUUCAGUAUGAAUAAAUGUAAUCAAGUGUGGUCAAUAAUUUCAUCAAAUAGGUCUUGAAGACAUGAUUUCUGUUAAUGUAUUAACAUCAUGACAUGUUCUGUUUAGUGUUUUCUCCUAGGCAUUUCUUUUUCUGUUUUUACUGUCUCUUGCAGCUCGGUGAAUAUAUAUAUCAGAAUUAGUUUAAUCUGAAUCUAAGAAGAAAAUUACAUUUACAGUGUGGCAGUCCUACAGUAAUAAUACAGAGUUUAAACUUGUCAAUUUGUGUACUAAACUCAUGUAUUAGUGAGCCAAUUUAUAGUAGUACUACUACUAUUAGUUCUGCACUUACUAGUACUUGUACCAAGACAACAUACAUGUUAGCUCACUCUCAACCUGGAGACACACCGAGCUAGCACUUGCCAACACAAUGACACACACAUUUCUUAUUCAACUCCUCUGCUCCCUACCUCCAUAUCUAGGUCGCCCUCAGCAAUAGUUCCGCCAACAAGUGGGGAUUGUUGUCUACUGCUUUUUCUAAAUCUUGUUGAUGUUAUUCCCUCUUUUUAACUUUGAUAACUUAACAUUCUAAUUUCCCAACAAGUGGGUCUUGGUGGCACUGCUGCAUGACGCAAAAUAGAGCUUGAGAGGGCUUGUUGCCACGAUGGCCGUGAUGGAGCUGCUCCGUGAUCAACCAGGGGUUGGUUCUCUACUGCCACUCCUAUGAUUUCUUCAUUAUUUCCAUUCACAAGCUCAACUACCACUGAACUACACCUAUUUAGUUGAUCUAGUUCAGAGUUAGGUAUUUUAAAUGCCAAUUGAAGUUUACGUGUCAAGCAAGUGUUGGUUGCUAUUUUUAGAUCCUUGACAAAUAUUUAGUUUCAUGAGUGAACUUGUUGACACAUGAACAUUUGAUGUUUACGCCGGCCGGGUCGAUGAGAAGCGGCUCCGCGCCAUUGAUAUUGCUUAUUAGUGAUGCCAUUUUCCCGUGGAUUUAUAUGGCCUCAACUGCUGCUGAGUACUAGGAGUUCUGAAAUCUAUCUUCUGUUACCUUGUCACUUAAAGGUCAACUUGAAUAGACUUUCAUUUGACACACUUCUAUUUGGAUUAAUGUUAAGCAACAACAUGAUUAUUAUUGUUUUAUAGUAUAUAAUGUUAUUCUCAUUUGUAGCCAUGGUAUGUUUUAAGAAUUUUGGAAAGCAUGUCAUUUAUUUUAAUGUUUGUUCUAAUCUCUUAUUUCUACUAUCUAAUGUCUAAUUUUGUUGUAAAUACGCUAAGGUAUUAGGUAGAGGGCUACUAUCAGGAAGGCUGACGACAAGAACCUCAAUAACAACCUCAAAUAGUUUGUUGGUACAAAUAUGCUAGGUAUCAUUAGGUAGCAGGCAACCAUCAGGAGGGCCGACGGCGAGAACCAGAAUAACAACCUCAAUCAUUUACAUGUUCUGUUUAUGUAAAUUGGAUUGUGUUAGUUCCAAACCUUGCCGUGUCUUUCACAUGUGCUGCUGAGAUGUUUGAUCACAUCAAAUCAAAAAAAUCUUGCCUUGUGCAAUUCCAUCAAAACAGCUUAGUGAUUGUUACUACAUGACAUACAUGUAAAUCCCCUGACAUCCCAUGUCCUACGUAAUUAAUUCGGUGCGUGAAGUAUUCUAGCUUGCGUAAACUAAGGUGACUUAGUACUAGUAUUAUGUUCAGUUGGUGUUCAUGUUUUAUGAUUUAGCUUGUACCUUAAUAACCAUGAAGUAAUUUGUAAGCCAUGUAAUAAAUUAUAUUUGCAGGUCUUGUCACCUUCUAUACAAAUAUACUGGUUUGUUUCAUUUCAUUAUUUUUCCUGUUAUAAGUAAUAGUACUCUCAAUACUUGCCAAGUGGACAUGUAAUACACUUUUUACACUUGUAAUACUGUUGUCUCUACUAUCUAUGAAUCUACAAAAAUCUAAUAUUCUUUUAAAUAUGCUAGGUAUGAUUGGGUAGUUACCCAUCAUAAUCUGCGCCAGGACAUGAUAGUUGUCAUCAGGAGAGUCGACGAAGAACCUCAACAGCAGCUUCAAAAGUUUAUAUGUUUUGUUGAUGUAAACUGGAUUGUACUGCUUCUUAACCUUGUUGUGUGAUAUAUUUAAUGUUGUGAAUUAUCAUUACAUGGAAGGAUUUGUAAAUUGCUAUGUUGUAUAUACACACAGGAUUUUUUUUGAGAAAAAUAUAUACAUACAGAUGGCCCGCA